AUUCGUCCAAAACAAACAUACGCCGUGUUCGUCUUUUUAAAUCGGAAUAAGACUACGCUGAAGUGGACCACAUUUUUUUUAAACAACCUUAAGAUUAAUCAGGCUUUAUUGAGCCUUCACACGUCCGCUGUGACAUCGGUUUUUCUAUGCAUCGAUCAUCUGCGCCGACAUUUGCUGGUUUGUGUCAAGUUACCGAUAGCCUUUUUCUCAGCAACGGUCGAGUUGCAAAUGAUGAUGCCGUUUUAUCGAAAUUUAACAUCAGCUGUAUUGUUAGUGCCACUGAAAAGCUCAGGCCUUCCAGUUCGACUACUUCUGAAGUGGAGUAUGUCCACGUGGCUGUCACCGAUUCACCUUUGACUAAUUUGAUGGAUCACUUCGAUGUGGUGGCAGACAAAAUCCGGAGUGUUGAACUACAGCAUGGACACACCUUGGUACACUGUAACGCUGGCGUAAGUCGCUCUGCGACUUUAUGCAUAGUGUAUCUCAUGAAGUAUCGUAACAUGACACUUUUGGAGGCCUAUACAUUUUUGAAAUCUUGCCGGCCAAUUGUGAGACCCAACAAUGGAUUCUGGAAACAACUUAUUCAAUACGAGUUCAAGCUUCGUGGAAGUGCCACUGUGAAAAUGGUAUCUUCUUCCCUGGGAGAUAUACCGGACAUUUAUGAAGAGGACACCAAAAACAUGGUGCCUUUUUAAAAAGAACUGCGUACUUUAAAAAAAUAAAUUUGCCAUCAACGGCAUGUGCUACAAAUACAAAUGUGUGUAUCCUAGUACGAGUGUUGUAUCAUUAUAAAACAUGAUUGAACCUUACCGAAUACACCAAACAUUUAAUUUCACACCCCAUUCAUCUUUAAUUGGUCCAGCAUUCAAAAAAACAACGAAAGUUUGUAAGCAACAAGUUCUUUGGGAGAAAUCUUGUACAAUAGUGACAAAUUAAGAAGCAGACACACAGUUAACAUGUACAUAUAUUGGCACAGUCAUUAGUGUCCACUUGUUGUCUAUAAUAGACAAAACUGUUCAGACUGUACAUUUGGCAGUUAAUUCUAAUGUAACUAUGUGAAAUAAAAUGUCUUGCAUUCUGGAUCAGCAAGAAAAGCCCAUCUCUAAUCAAGGUGAAUUACAGCGUUUUGGGAACUACCCUAGGAAUGCUUAAAUGACUCAUAAUCCAUGCCAUCAAUCGCACAUCUUGUCAAUUAAAUCCUUCAAGAUAGCUUCAGUGCAAAUACUAAUAGCAGGCAACUUUUAAAUCCCCUCAAUAAUGGACUCCCUUUAAGUAAGCAAUAAAUACACUACUCUACAACGUUGGGAUAGUAGGUUCUGCCCAUUACAUUCAUUUGGCCAUCAUGGCAGGUUUCAAAGCACUGUCCUGAAAUACCACCUGUAAAGUAGGAUUUUGACCAAACCCUAUAAGAAAUGGCUUUGCGCAGCAAGACAGAAGU